AAAAGUUUUUGUCUAUUCGCCAUUAAAAUGGCGUCAUCGAAAGAAACUUAUUGUUUGUGUGGUCAACCAUAUAACAUUGGACAGUUUAUGAUAGAAUGUGACUGCUGCCGUGAAUGGUUUCAUGGCAGUUGCGUUGAUGUUAAGAUUUAUCAUUCCGAUGACAUAGACAAGUAUCAUUGCCCCAAAUGCUCACAAACAUAUGGACCUUCUGUCUUAAAAAUCCCCACAAAUAACCACAGAGCGGACCGUUAUGAGCUCGGAGCCGAGAACCACCCUUCGCAAGUGGGGACUCCAGCGUGGGUCCGGGCACUGGCCGCGCGGCCCCUCCGUCCCUCGCAAGCCGCCCUGAUGCGGCUGCGGCCUCACCAGUUCACAGAGGAAUUUAUUAGAGAUGACGGCUUUAAUAGACCAAUCAUCUUUCACACUCCCGAGGGGCUGGACUUGAAGGUCCCCAACCCUGCUACGUUUACCGUCAGAUCAGUGCUAAGAUUUUGCGGGGCACAAUUAGAGGUGGAAGUGAUCGAUGUACGCAAACAGUCCACGCUGCGGAUGCCUUUGGGUGAUUUCGUUGACUAUUUCGAGACCCCGCCCGAGCAUCGCGACGAGAAAGCUCUCAAUGUACUCAGUCUAGAAUUUUCGGAUACCAACCUGGCGCCGCUGGUGGAGCCGCCGGCGCUGGCGCGGCGGCUGGACUGGGCGGCGCGCGCGGUGCCGGGCGCGGCGGCCGAGCGGCCGCGGCCCGCCGUGCAGAAGUACUGCCUCAUGUCCGCCGCCGGCUCCUACACAGACUUCCACCUCGACUUCGGCGGCACCACCGUCUGGUACCACGUGCUGCACGGACAGAAGAUUUUCUACCUCGUGCCGCCGACAGCUACCAACCUCGCCCUGUACCAGCAGUGGAGUGCUGCGAACAAUCAAAACGAGAGGUUUUUCGGAGAUAUGGUGGAAUGGUACGGCACUGCAGAACUGCAAGCUGGACAGACACUCUUCAUACCCUCGGGCUGGAUCCACGCCGUCCUCACACCGUGCGACUCGUUGGUCUUCGGUGGAAACUUCCUGCAUUCAUACGCUAUCGAGAUGCAAUUGCAAGUGUACGAGAUAGAGCGCCGCGUGGAAACGCCGACUAUGUUCCGGUACCCGCUGUUUGAAGCCAUGCACUGGUACGCGGGCGCACACCUCCUCACCAUGCUGCGGCGGCACAACGAGGAGACGCAGGACGAAGAUUUCACGUUAAGCGAGAGUGUGGUGCAGCCGACGCCGGUGCAGAUUCCGCCAUUAUUAUUGCGCGGCAUCAAGUUAUUAGCUAAUGCCUUAAAAGAGUGGCAUGCGUUGAAAAGUACGGAUGCAGCGAAGCGUGAUAACGUUCCCAAAUGUUUAAACUCGGGGCAGUUAGUACGCGAACUGUGUAAGGAACUUCGCACGUUGGAAAAGAGGUCCCUUAGCGCCGCUAAUAAAGAUAAAGAUUACAAAGUCAAAAACCACUCAUCACCGAAAAAAUCUCAUUCAAACAAACAGAGUGCAUCGAAAAAGUCACUGAAACUCACCCUCCCGAAACCAAUAAUGCAUAUGGGGCAUAACGGAGAGUUUACCGAAGAGAAAGUGUAUGCGGACAAAUUUGAUGUAUACAACGAUGGUAGAUUUGUCUCCCAGGAUGUCAAGUACACAAACGGCUUGACCGAUAAAUAUGUGGUCGACGGCAAAGAGAUGAUUGCACAGGAGAAAUUCCAGUUUCAGAACUACGGGGAGCAAGGUUACCAAGACGGGAAUGGUUACGUUGAAAGAAACGACAAGAAGAACGUCCUAAAGAUCAAGUUAAAUAAUUCUCCCUCGUCGUCACGUGACGAGCCGCCACCUUACAACAUGCCUGAACAUUCUAUCCUCAAGUCCCAUCUCAUCAGGUCAGAUCGGCCCAUUCUGAAACCAAUCCAUCAGUGGACCAUCUCCAAGAAGGACAUCGGUGACUACCAUGAGGAGCAAAUAUUGUUCACAAAUGAGAAUCUACAAGCGAACAUGAGGAUAGAAGGUCAGGAGUUGAAUUAUGGACCUGGUAUGUACUCGGCGGAGGACGUGCAGCAAGACUAUCAGUACUCGGAGGCGGCUAAGCCGGGCUCCUACCAGCCCGACUACGGGUACCAGCCCGCGGACGUGUCCUACGUGGACUCGUACCAGCGAUACGAGGAGGCCCAGAUGCCGCAGACCGUGCACCAGCAAACGGCAAGUUUCAGCAAUGUGGCUGUACCAGAGAUAAAUGGCGGCUACCACAACCAGCUGCCGUCGUACGACGCGGCCAUAGCGCAGCAGUACGCCAAUAAUAAUUAUGUACUGGAGGAGCAGAAGCCGGCGGCGACGGAGGCGGCGGCGUCGGCGUCGGCUGCGCCGGCGCCGGUGCGGCGGUCGGAGAGGCCGGCGCGGCGCCGCGUGUCGGCCACCUAUGACUACGAGGACGGCGACCUGUACAUCGACGACGCGCCGCCGCCGCGCCGCCGCAAGCCGCCGCGCCACAAGCACCACCACCACCAGCACCAGCACCAGCACUCCAGGCACGCGGCAGCAACAACAAACAGUAGCAGUUACCGGAGUACGUCUGGGGCGAGUGGGACGUGUGUGAGUGGGGCGAGUCGUGCGCCCGCCAAUGGCAUCGAGUCGCUCAUACAGGCCUCCGUGCUGGCCGAGGAGGAACCGCCCACUGCCACUGAGGAUGCAGCAGUGGCUGGCAUGCUCAGCAUCAGCGAACGGUACACUGCUCCCCAGAGAACCUUUGGGCUCGCGGCCGAUUCGCACCAAACAAACAGCACGCACGAUAGUAGUGGGAGUACGGGAGGUGGACGGUCGCGGUCCCGCAAGGCGGCCGCGAGUAGCGCUGACGAGGACUACGCCGACGAGGAGGAUGUCAUCAAGGAGGUUCAUAGGGAUGAGGAAUAUGUGUACCCGUCGCUGGAGGCGUCGUCGGACGACGAGGACGAGUGGCCCGCGCGCAGGCGGCGUACGCGCUUACCACAGCCUGCACGCGACAAGGACGAGUCGUGGUCGCCGCGUGCACGGCUAGGUCGCGUGGCGCCGCGGCUGCGUGGCCCGGCGCGCGCGGGCGUGCGGCGCGAGUGCGUACGCGCGGCGCUGACGGCGGCCGCGCACGCGCACGUCGCCGCGCACGCCGCCGCUGCGCACGCGCAUCCCGCCGCGCACGCCGCCACGCACGCGCACCACCACAAGGACGCGCAUCACCAAAACGCGAAGCGGGCAGUGUUAGCUACAAAGAGCAGACGGCCCCCGCCGCCUGUACAAAGUACGCCAAACAAGAAUAUAAGACUGAAAAAGGGUAUGAAGACGGCCAAACAGCGUCUCGGCAAAAUCCUCAAAAUACACAAGAUGGUAUAUUAAAAUAAACAUAGUUUACGUACGUAGAUGUAUAUUUUAUAUAUGUAUUUAGCACGGACCAAUAUGUGUUGUGGAUAUGUCGGUCUACUGUUUGUGCGGUCGGAUUUAUGAAUUUGUACCUUAUGUUAACUCAACUGUAAGUUGAAUUUUGUUGAUCGGGCUUCUAUAUAUUUAAAAUAAUUCGAGGUUCCGUUAAUACCGCAAUAUUAGAAUAGCAGCUACAUUUUAAUAAAUAUAAGGUUUAUUUUCAUUUGAAUUAUUGAAAAUGGAUUUUAUAAAUUCGACCGCAAGCCUACUACCGUGUAUCUUAAUCGAGUCAUAUAAUUGUUUUCAAGUAUUUGUAUAUUGAUGUCUUAUUUGUGUCGAUUCGGAUGCGUAUAUCUUUUAGCACCUUAUUACCUGACCAUACGGUUUAGAAUUGCCUACUUUUAACAUUUUUUUUUUUUAUUGAGUAGUGCUCGCGUGAAUGGCAUUUUUAAUAUUGUCCCCAUGAUAAUAAGGUUAUAAUUGCAAUGUGCGUGUCAUUUAAUAGGGUUGCCACUGCGUAUUAUUUAAUUUUAAAUCAGAUCAUGACAGGUGGGUUAUACUUGAUAAUAUGGUACCUUUACUAUGAAAGAAGAAAAUAUUUAGUUUGUUUUUUUAACCAAUAGUGAAAUUUCAGAUUGAUUGCUAGAAAGAUAUGAUUUUUAAUGUUAUUUUUUGUCUAUUGUAUCAGCCGUUAAGAGUCCACUGCUGAAUAUGGUCUCCCCUAUAAGGGGGGGGGGGGGUUUGCCAGUAGGAACCACGCUUGGCAGGCGGAUUGGCAACCGCAGUUUGGCUUUUGGUGACGUUUUAACCGUUGUAAUGCCAUCUCUUACUCAUAUCUACUUAAAAAUGCCAAAGAAAUCUUUGUCGUGUUGAUGUCAUUUAUCCUUGUUUCUAAAAAAACUGUAUCUCCUCCAAAAAUUAUCCAAUUUGAACCCUUUGCACCCGAGCGGCGCCCGAGUGUUUUAAAACUUUAAAUCGAACUACGCUGCUACGACGCUAUGGUUUUUUGUAACUGGAUCUCCUUAUUUACAAUAUGCGAUAAGAUGGUUUUCUCGGAAGGCCGAAAUCGUCUCGAGUCGCUGGUUCGCGCGAGCGGAAAAGGCCUCGAAUGCAAAGGGUUAAUAAUUUUUCUACAGCGAGCUAAACAGCAACUGAUUUCAUGAGCGCUAUAGCGCUUUUAGUUACAAUGCGUACUCGGCACUCAAACGGUUAAGAGGGAUUCUGCUGCACAUCCCUCUGCCAUUCGGUUCCCUUUGUCGCCUCUUACGUCAUCCACGGGAAAGGAAAGGGUGGCCCGUUCUAUGCUGGGCCCUACACGGCAAAUUUUUGUGUGUAUUACUUAAAAAACAAAUUAUAUUGGGGUGUAACCCUGCACGUUCUAUAUACGUAUCUUUGAAAAUUAAGAUGCGAUUUGUCAACUAUAAAAAAAAAAAAAUAUAAUAAAUAGUAUUAUUGUCUAUGGAUUAUGUUAGGAGUAUAUUAGUUAUUCUCUUAUUAUUUUCUUAACGGUUUUUAAAAA